AUUCCAAUUUGCCUGAAAUGUAAAUCUGGCUCACGAUAUUAAAUCGUAUAGUUAUGGAAUUAAUAUAAAUCGCCUUAAAAGUUUGGACAUAUCGGGUUUUCAAUCUAUUCAAACUUGUGGGGUUUUGCUCAAGACACUCACUCAAAUCACGCUCGUUUUAAAUAUUUGUUUAAAGCAGAGAAAUGAAUGGUUCCACAAAUAUUCAGACUGCUGUGAGAAUACGACCAUAUAUAUCAUGGGAGAAAACGGCAAAUAUCAAACCUUUAUGGCAAGUGAAGGCGAACUCUAUAGUGCAAAUCCUGGAUGAAACAUUAAUUGGAGAGUCAUAUACCUUUGAUCAUAUAUUUGAGGAGAACAAAACAAAUCAAGAUGUUUAUCGCGAUAUUGUUAAGCCCCUUGUUAUAUCAUGUUUACAAGGAAUAAAUUCUACUAUAUUUGCUUAUGGACAGACUUCUUCGGGAAAAACCCAUACAAUGCUGGGUGAUAAAGGCACGCCAGGCAUUAUAGGUCUAGCUGUUGAUGAUGUUUUCGGGCACAUGGAGGAAAAAUCAACUGAUAAUUUCAUUUUACGGUGUUCUUAUCUGGAAAUAUACAAUGAAAAGAUUAAUGAUCUGCUACAUUCAAAUGUAACCGACUUAAAAAUCAGAGAAGACGUUAAUCAAGGCGUUCAUGUUAUUGUCAAAGAAGAAAUUAUUAGAACCCCGGAAGAGCUAUUUACAUUAAUGAAAAGGGGAAUGAAAAGCAGGAAAGUGGGAUCUACAGAUAUGAAUGAGCGAUCCAGUAGAUCUCAUUCAAUAUUUAAAUUGGUAAUUCAGUCACAAAGUGAAGGCCUUAAAGGGUCUUAUACAGAAUCCACACUGAGUUUAGUGGAUUUGGCUGGAUCUGAGCGAGUUGGCCAAAUGAAGAUGGGAAAAGAUCGACAACUAGAAGGGGUGUCAAUCAAUAAAUCUCUAACUGCGUUAGGCUUGGUUAUUCGUAAGCUGAGUGAGGGAGAGAGUUUUAUUAAUUAUCGAGACUCUAAACUAACUAGAAUAUUGCAACACUCGCUUGGCGGUAAUUCGAAAACCCUGAUAAUAGCCACAAUAACUGUGGCGGUUUCUGAGGAGACAAAGUCGACAUUAGACUUUGCACACCGAGCCAAAUUUGUUAAAAACCGUCCGGUGGUUAAUCGCAGAGUAACCGAUAAAGAUCAAUUAAAAGAAUAUGAAAGUUUGUGCCAAAAUUACAAAGUUCAAAUUGAAAAAUUAACUGGAGAAAAGUUGGACCACGAGAAGAAAAUAAAUGCUUUAGAAGGAAAAAUACAGUGCAUCGAAAAAUUUAGCGAUUUUGGGCAAAAAUCAACUAUUCGACAUCAAGUGCCAUCAAGAAGACAUACGUUUGCGCACUUUAAACCUGAAAGUACUAGAAAUCCUUUACCGUUUUCAUUGCUUUCGAUCGAUGAGGAAUGUUUGAUGGGUGAUAUCGAUACGCCAUCGAAAUCGGUCAUACAAUCAGAUGAGAUUGAAACCGAUGUAAUUGACGACGGGGAAAAUAUCAUGACUCCAAACAGAAAGCCUCCUUUUGAAGAUUUAGACAGUCCAAAAACGGCGCUAACUCGAUUAAAAGUUGAAAAGGAAUUGAUGGAGCAAUCUUAUCAAAAUUUAGUUUUAUUCACUAAUCUAGAAAAUCAAAUUAAAUUAGAAUGUGAUGAAUUGAAGGAAAUGCGAGACUUAUGUGAUCGUUUACGAAACGACAAUUUGGAAUUGCGAGAAGAUCGUCCCAUAUUACUGGCAAAAGUUGAAUAUUUCCAUAACCAGUUGAUUACACUGCAGACAAUUUUAGGAGGGUCUGUCGAGAGGAACUCUGAACAUCUUUAUACUAUCCCGGAAGAAAAGAUUGACUUCUUUCUGGAGGACACUGAAUUAACUGAGAAAAUCAGCGACGAUGAGGAGAAAGUAAGAUUUAAGCACGAGUUAAGCAAAAAAGAUGAUAUUAUCGAUGCUCUGGAAGCAGAGCUUAAUAAUCAAAAAGUGAGAUUUGAAUCUGUUCUAACUGAAAUGAACAAACUUAAAGAACAUAUAACAGAUAAAAAUUUGAACAUUGAAAAACUCAAUAGCAUUAUAACUCAGGAUAGAAAUAUCAAAGAAGCUGAACUGGACACACUAAACUGUAAAAUUCAAGAACUGGCCUGUUAUAAAGAAGAGAUGCAUAAUAAACUUUCUGAGUUAAGCCAAAAAGAUGAUAUUAUCGAUGCUCUGGAAGAAGAGCUUAAUAAUCAAAAAGUGAGAUUUGAAUCUGUUCUAACUGAAAUGAGCAAACUUAAAGAAGAUAUAACAGAUAAAAAUUUGAACAUUGAAAAACUCAAUAGCAUUAUAACACAGGAUAGAAAUAUCAAAGAAGCUGAACUGGACACACUAAACUGUAAAAUUCAAGAACUGACCUGUUAUAAAGAAGAGAUGCAUAAUAAACUUUCUGAGUUAAGCAAAAAAGAUGAUAUUAUCGAUGCUCUGGAAAAAGAGCUUAAUAAUCAAAAAGUGAGAUUUGAAUCUGUCCUAACUGAAAUGAACAAACUUAAAGAAGAUAUAACAGAUAAAAAUUUGAACAUUGAAAAUCUCAAUAGCAUUAUAAAUCACGAUAGAAAUAUCAAAGAAGCUGAACUGGGCAUACUAAACUGUAAAAUUCAAGAACUGACCUGUUAUAAAGCAGAGAUGCAAAAUAAAGUUUCAGAAUGUCGACGAAUAGAAGGCGAAAGUAAGAGCACUGACAGCAUGCAGCAAGAGAAUAUCACUCUUAAAAAUAAACUAGGUGUUCUGGAGCGAGAGAACCAACACUUGCAUGAAAAGAAUUUGGCCCUUGAACACCAAAAUGAAUCUGUAGAACAACGAUUGCAGGAAAAUAAGCGUCUCAACUCACAAUUACGUGACAUGAUUAGUCAGUUAAAAUCGGAUGACCAUGAUAAGCUUAGAGCAGAAAGAGAUUUACUGAAAGCUAGGACCCAAGAAUUGGAAAAACAGGUUGCUCAUUUAGAAAUAUCAUUGAGAAAGCGGGUGCAACUUUUCACCAACCUCAGCCUCCACUUAAAAGAAUUGCAAGAUCAGAAAGAAGCAAGCUUAAAGGACGUAAGAAAGUUCGAACCGGAAGUCUUGACGCAAAUCGAGCCCGUGCUGCAAUCUAAGAAGUUAGUAGUUCAUUCCAAACAAGGACUUACGAUGGCAGACUUAUUUGGAAGACCAGUUAAUAAAGUACAUGUUCAGGACAAUUCGUCACAAACCGUGUCCAUUGCCGAUCAAGAACCGUAUCAAACAUGUUGCAAGUCGGAUGAACGAAAGUCUGCUUUACGUGUUUCCGAUGAAAUGAGAAAAGUAAAGGAGAGACGCCAAUCGAUCCAUGAUCAAAGAAGAGGUUUAUUUGGCGAUGUUGAACGCUCAUCCAGUUUAGAUAAUUUUGACUGCGAGAGUUGCGCAAGUCUGAGAAAUAAAGCAGUUGAACUCAGGAGCCAAACUACCGCUUUAACAGAUGAAGUAGACAAUUUAAAAAGCGAAAACAAGUUUCUUGAUAAAGAAAACGCAGACAUGCUUCAGAUGAUACGAAAUUAUCAGGAAAGGGAAUUGGAAUUAGAUAACAAGUUGAUGAAAUAUGAACAGUGCGAGAAAGUUGACAAAGAAACACAGGCGACAUGCGAUCUACAACAAAAAUAUAAUGCGUUAAAGAGGAUUCUCAGACUUAGGAAGCGAGAAGCGAUGAGCACUGAGUCGUAAAAAUCUAUUGCAGGAUUUGAAAAACCUCGGACCUAAGUUUGAAUAAGGUUUAAUUAAUUCUAAUUCCGUUCCUGUGAUCAGUAAUAAUUAAAUUUAAUGAAUUGUU